UUAUCGGAAGUGGCUUGUUUCGUCUGUUCGGUCUGGUCUGGUCUUUCCCCGUACUCGCGGAUUUCAAAAGCGAGUUACUUUUCCCAGAAAUUUUCUCUCUUUCUCGGCAGAAUUCCCGGAAAAAUCUCCCCAUCAGUAGCGGUGGAAGAUGGUGAGGAAAGAGGACGUGGAUUUCUACUGUAGCUUCUCGCGUAAAGAGCUUCAAAGUUUAUGCAAGAAAUAUAACUUGCCGGCUAACAGGUCAAGUUCGGACAUGGCUGAAUCACUGGCUUCUUAUUUUGAGAGAAACAGUUUGAGUGGAACAGGGAAUGCGAAAAAAGGUUAUGAUGAUAGUAAAUUGGAAAAUAUCAGAGAGGUUCAUUCUCAAACUGCAAGGGCUAGAGAUACAGGCUUUACCCUUGUGGAUAAGACAUAUUACCAGGAAAUGCAUGGUGGUUCUGUUGAAUCUGCAUGUGCUCGUCAAUUUAUCAGGAGUUUGAAUGAAAAAGGCCCAACAGGAGAUUCGGGGAAGGAUCUUCAUCGGGGAAUGGACUGUUGGUUAGAAAAUAGAACAACAGAGUUAAACACAGAUGAACGUCCUCAAGAAACUCAUUCCCCACGAUGUAGAACGUAUUCCACGUUUGAGUUUCAUGUCAGUUCAGAAGAGGGUAUCAACCUUUCAGUUGAUCUAAAUUUCAACCCAUCAGACUGGAUCAAUAGUAUGACAAAUGAGGUCCGUAUAUGUAAUAGCAUCCGUUCCAAGAAAUCUCGACUUUCUGAUGAGGGCACCGAUUACCAUACAGAGAGUAAGAAACAAAAAAGUGAGUCCCCUUUGAACGUAAAUCCUGGGUUAGGCAAGGAUGGUCCUGCAGUGGAAGAAUCUUCUAUAAGCCUGCCAUUGAAAGGCAACAGUCAAAUACCACCCGAUCAUCAGCCCAGCGGUGGAGGAUCUUUAACGUCAACCGUGAUAGAGCCAUGCAGCACAAAAAGAGAUGCCUCGGACAGGUAUAAGGAAGACCAAAGGCAUAAUUUGUACAUACCUGAUCCUGAUGCUUCAGCACCUGGCCAGAUUGUCUCUUGUGCUGAAUUGUGUAGUAACAGUUGCUGCAUGGUUUCACUUGAGUUGGACUGUGUUAUGUCUCCUGGAAAGAAGACGGCAAGUGAUUCUGUUACUGUUACUGCAGAAUGUCCAAGUACUCUUGAUACACGAGAUAAUCUGAUGGGUGAGCUCCCUAAUGAAAUUUCGGAGAAUCCAUCCCAAGAAAGUCCUCGCAAAGUUGGAAACUCGAGUACUGUUACUCCUAUAUGUCCAGGAGGAGGUGGUUCUGAAACAUCAUCAUCGGAAACAACGCCCUACCGGCUGAAAGCUUCAUGCUCUCCUUGUAAGACCAGUAGAUCCCCAAAUCUGUCUGAAUCAGAGCCCGUCAAAGAUACAAAUGCAAAAGCUUAUUCCAAAUUAAUCUUCCAGUACAAUGCAGGCAAGAACUGUUUGGCAUCAAAUGUGGCGGAGCAGGAAAAGAGCGAAACCAUUAAUGGGCAGGAGCCGACAGAGUUACUUGUUUGAACAUCCCGCAUAUGGAACAUAUUUUGCAGUGACAGAAGAAUGGCUAUUUACUUCCUUCCAGAUUUUCUCCCAGUCAAUCUUUUGGUAAAAACCUGAUUAAAAGGAGUAAAACCUGAUAUAAAGAUGCCAAGGAAUCACCCUUCUGGCAUAAAGAUGUGUGCUGCUGCUUUUGGAGGAUUCAUUUAUGGCCUAUGAAAAUAAUUUAUUCAAGUUCAAUCAGAUCACUUCUGACUACCAAUGGGUUUCGCCAUGACAGAAGCCAGAAGUCAGUGGGCUAAUAUGUGCGGCCAUAAUCCUACAAUUGCCCUUUGUCCGUAAACUUUUCAGAAACACGAAAAAACCCUGUGGAGAGUGUAUUUUCGGCGAGGAAAUUUCCGUGCGAGCUGGGGAUUAGCCUCCAAAAACUUGCUGCAUGUACCACAGCAGUGGAAGAAAUGUAAAAAAAAAAAAGGCAUGUACCUGAAACGUUUGUAGAUGUUCUUGACUCCUGUAUUGUGUGAAUCCUUAGAAUGGCGAUGUAAGCUUUGAUGUUGAUAGUUUAAUUGCAGGACCCUCGUGACAUGUUUUUGUUGCCAAGAGGAACUUUCAGAGUUGUGUUUAUAUUGCAUGUAAUAAGAUCCUCUGCUAUAACACUUACAGUUA